AGUGAUGUCGUGAUAAAAGUGAGAAUUUUAGAUUAAAAAGUUUUCAAUGAGAAGUAAUUAGUGGACGUCACCAACACGAACCGAUUAAGUACUGUGUGAAAAUUGAGAUUGUUAAUUUAUCUUUACGAUGUUUUGAAACAAAUUAUGCUAUAUAUGUGCCAAAACAGUGUGCUGUUUCCGUGUAAGGAAUUUCCUAAAUAAUGUCAAACGAUACGGAUUUGUUGAUAUCUAUUCCACGCUCCUGUUUGAAUGAGUUUUAUGCGAAAUAUCUUAACUUGGUUGAGACGUUUUACUAUGUCACACUCUCGGAAAAUAAGACAAUACGAUUCAAAGAUGAUAAUGUGUACUUCAAUGUUACGUUGAAUUUGAACACUGCUGAUGCUUCCAAUCCACGGGAUACCGUUGAGAGAAUUCAGAAAUAUGUGGAGUCAUCGCUUGGCUGGGCCGGGGAGCGGGGUGAGGACUCGAGCUACGACUCGGAGUGCGACGAGGAGGGCAGCCACCGCACCGCCUCCCGCACCCCCUCUGACACCCUCGCCGCGGAGUUCGCGGAGUACGUCACACUCACACCACAGCUCAAUCAGGCCAAGAUAGAGUUUGCAGUCAAACUGGGGUAUUCAGAGAGACUAGCGCGGACCGCCUUACAGAGACUGGGUCCGGACCCGCCACAGAAUGAACUGCUGGCCGAGCUGAUCAAGUUGGCUGCGAAGAGACCCCCUAGAGCACCUUCCCCGCAGCAGCAUGUGGAGCCCGAGCUGCCCACAGACCGAGCACCGUUACGGCAUAUAGUCAUUGAUGGCAGCAAUGUUGCUAUGAGUCAUGGCAACAAGCAAACGUUCUCGUGCAGAGGUAUCGAGAUAUGCGUCGACUGGUUCCGCGCUCGAGGACACAAGGACAUCAUAGUGUUUAUUCCAAAAUGGCGGAAGGAAGCCACGAGGCCGGAUAACCCAGUAGCUGACCGAGACGUAUUAGAACGGCUGGAGCGAGACAGAAUACUCGUGUACACACCGAGUAGAUUGUUUGGCGGGAAAAGACUAAUAUGCUACGACGACAGAUACAUACUCCGCCUAGCGGCAGACACAGAUGGCAUCGUCGUGUCUAACGACAACUACAGAGACCUCGUCACGGAGAAUCCCGAGUUCCGGAAAGUCGUCGAAGAACGCCUCCUCAUGUACUCCUUCGUAAACGACAGGUUCAUGCCCCCCGAUGACCCACUUGGACGAUCCGGGCCUACUUUGGACGCGUUUCUUCGAGCUCCUCCCUCAAAAACCGACCCUCCGCCCGCCUGCCCGUACGGCCGCAAGUGCACGUACGGCAACAAGUGUAAAUUCCACCACCCGGAGCGCGCGGGCAGACCGCACAAGUCCGUAGCCGAGAAGCUGUCUGAGCGCGCAGCGAGAAAGGCCCAUCUGCACACCCUCAGCUUACCGCCCGGGGGACGACCGACAGAUAACAAGAAGCCGCUAGCCCGAGCGCACUCAGCCACACCCCGACUCGCCGAUCCGACGCUAACCACGCACUUCGACCGAGCGCAGGUCCACCCUAAUCCAGGGCCGUCCCAAAUCCCCCCGGAUCCGAACCCGCAUCGGAAACUCGCUCGGCAACUGACUUUGAACCCGGCGUGCGAUCCGCGCCUGCACGCGGCGGCCGCUCGGGUGUCGUCGGCCCCGGUCGGCGCUGCGGCCGCUUUGAACCCGAAUCCAGGGAUGCCCAUCUCCCCGUGCGCGUCCGACAGUGCUCUCCAGCACUGGGAAGCGAGACACCGCAUGCACUUCCAUUUAACCGGCAUCUUCCCCGAGGCUCAAGUCACCGAGGCCAUGAUGAAAUACCCGGACGAAACAGACGCUCAAAAGAUGUGUGCGAUCAUACUGGACCGCUACAGACCUAGCGAGGCGCCGCUGAAUCGUCCGCCGCAUUGAUUCCAGCAGUUAUUUAGUCAGAACUUGACUUGAUCUGUAAAGUGAUGGCGUGAUCUGCGAAUUAUGCUCGGUUUCUCGCAGAAAUCGAGGUAUUAUAUUCCCAUGGUCAAGGAGGGGAAAACGCACACGGGCUGGUCUUUGUGAUCCAAUGUUCAUCAAACAUUUUCUGAUGCAAACUACGAGUAUAUUGGACGCUGAGAUGAACUUAACACUAUUAUAGUAAUGCUAAUAAUUUUGUUGUUUCUCAGGAUACUGGUAGUUUUGACGCAACUUGGCUAAGUCAUUGAUGACGUGGUAACAGAUUAGAAAAAUAGUUUCGACGACUCUUCUAGGCCGUAAUUUAUUAUUAGAGGAAAUCAUGAAUAUUCCUAACCACUAGAGUUCUUUACAUUCUCUAGAGCUAGACUACUUAAAAAAAAAUUAGUUCCUCGAGUUUUAAAUAUCAGGCUGGUCAUUCAUACAUGUUCCAAUGUCCACUUCUAAGAAGUGCGACAUUGAUAAUUUUGUAAUUAUAACGACUUAGAUUUAAGGAUGUACAAAAUGUAAUCAUUAUUGUAAGUUGAUUAUUAUUUAACACUCAUAUUUUUUGUUCCUUUAUCAACUUAUAUUUUUUAUAUUGUCUUAUGCUGGCACUUCACAUGGCUAUUUGUAUUUGCUAUUGGCUAUUUGUUUGACGUAUACACAAACAUGAAAAUAAAGGCAAAUACGGCCUUUCACAUGUGGUCGUCAAAUACCAAACUUUUACUUGAUUUUGUUUACUUGCCUAUUUGACUCU